AUGUCCAGUAUCACAGACGGUAUCGUUAUCAAGAUUGUAAACAUCAUUGUUUACGCUGUAUCACUCGGUUCAAAUGUCUACUCUGUAGCUGGACCUGAAGAUACUUAUGGGUCAAGUAAAGUGACCUACAUCACCCCUUCUUACUACGCAUUCUACGUUUGGUCCCUUAUUCAUCUCCUUUUACUUGGAACUUUGGUUUUCCAAUUUACUGCUCGUGGAAAAGCUAUCAUUGUCGAUUCCAUCUCUUGGAGAUUCGCUUUACUCGGUAUCUUCAACUCUGUAUUCGUCUUUUUCUUGUCCAGACAUUGGUACAUCCUCGCUUUCGUCUUAUCCCUUUUGGUCAGUGCGACUGUAUCUCAAAUCUACUAUGUUGUGAAGAGAGAUCAUUCCGACAAGGAAUCUCUUGCUGAGGAAGCUUUCGUACAUCUUCCUUUCUCCCUUUAUCACGGUUGGACCAUCGUCUUGGUUGUCCUAUCCUUAUUCGAAGCUUUCGGUGUCAAUGCCCACACUCACAAAGCUGGAUUAUGGACCAAGAUCUUCGUUUUCCUCGCCUUUGUCUUCCUUGAAACUACCGCUGCUGCAUACGCUUUCGCUAGUAGAGAAGGUGACGCUGCCGGUGCCGCCGCUAUCACUUGGGCCUUGUUCGCUAUCUUCAUCCACCAAACAUCCUCCAAAUUCAUUCACUGGUCCGCUUUCGCAUUCUUCCUCUUGUCUCUUUUGGCCAUUGUCAAGUCUUUGAUUGCCACUGUCCGAGGCUCAGGUACUUUGUUGCACGAUGAAGAGCGAGCUCCUCUUGUCUCUGGUUCUUCUUAG